GUUAACUUGAAGGCAACUUGAAGGACCCCCACGACGAUGAUCGCCAACGGACCGGAUAUUCCGGUCACAAGACCAACCUAUGACCCAUUAUCAUUCUCGGUACCAUUCCUUCUGCCAUCACAGCUGGUCUUGCCGUAACUCUCAAGGUCGAACACUCGCAGAUUCCUUCUCUGUUCCGUGUACCCUUCCACCCCUUCGGCCUUAACUGUUUAGAUGACCGUCGUCGUUGAGCAAGCUCAGCGUCCACGGCUUGUGGACGAUCUCAUCCCUGUCAUACUCGAAAAUAGUAAUGAUUGGUGGCCUCAGGACCUUCUCUCUCUCUCCACCGUGUCUUUCUCUUGGCUACAUGCCAUCAGGAAGAGACUCUAUGCCAUCCCUGUUCUCCUGUCUUAUCGUUCUUGCGCCCUCCUGGCCGAAACGCUUCAAAGAAGUGACCACCUACUCGCCAUGGUCAAGGGGAUCGAUAUACGCCCUCUUCGCGACGGCUGGCCUGAAUGUGGUCGACCAUCCACGAAGCAAAUGGCCAGCGUCAGGUUCAUUUUGGGUCUGGAGGGUCUGGAAUGUGUAACACUGGGCGGGGAACUGGCGGUCUCGGCGCACAGGUACCUUAAUGCGAUGUCGCAUCCACAUUGCGUGAGACGACUGUGGGUCGACGGAACCUCGCAGAAGGAAUCACUCCACUCACCUCCAUCAUUGGACUGGGACGAAGUCCUUGCAUUCAAGUUUGUUGGGCUGGAGAGCCUAAAACUUUCGAAUCUUGACCUCGAUAUCAUGUUCCCCUCCGUUCCUUAUCCUCUACGGGCCACAUCUCUCGUUUUGGAUACUGUCCGUAUAACCAAUGGUCAUUUGACCCACCUCCUUCACGAGACUUCUUCAUUGACACAACUCUGGGUCACAACUGAGAGAAGUGAUGAUUUCCACGAACAGAUCCGGCCAAUGCUGGACUUUCAUCCUAUUGCAGAAUUGCAUUACGAGAUGCAGUGCGAUGACCCACUUCCUUUCGAUUUAUCGUCUUUUCCAAGUCAUAUCCCCAUUUCCUUAUCACGGCUUUGUCUUAUCGACAUACCUGUUUGCCCUGCAACAUUGCAAUCGAUAGAACGGUGCUUCCCUACAUUAGAGGAGCUUGUUGUGACUGGGAGGAGCAGCCGAAUCACGGCAGAAGAAUGGGCUAUGUUUGUGAGCUCGACAACAUUGUCUACUCUUCGGGAGCUUGGUCUUCCCAGCGGAACGAAUCACCCUCCGUUUCAACGGUGGUCAGCCUUGACAGAAAUAUCGGUGCGAAAGGAAUCGUCUCUUCGAGGCAUUCAUUUAUCGUUCACUGGAUAAAUGGAAUUCGAAGCUUCUCCGCAUGUCACGGCCGGUUUUUUAUACAUUUCGAUGAAUCACGUAGCAUACUUUCCGAGUUACAGACUGCAUUCUUGAUGCCAUACAUUAUAUUAAUUCAAGCAGAAGUACAGCAGUAUAAGUUAUACACAGACUUGUUAGCCCGUACCUGCAGGCUGUAAGUAAGAAU